AUGAUAUUACCUUUCGAAAUAUUACUACAAAUUGCUCAGUUGGUUCCACUCAAGGAUCUGUCAGCUUGUAUAUCUGUCUGUCAGGCUUGGAAAGAUCCAUUUAAGCAGGUCUUGUGGAGAACCAUUUCGGUUAAUACACAACGUUUCCGAUAUCUCCAAAGAUACCCAGAAAAUCACCAUCUAAUUCAGGCACUUUAUAUACGUUUGGGUCCCGAUGCAAAACCGGGAACAUUAACCUACAUCCAAAAUCAGCUGGGCUCAUUAAAGCGCAUGACUCUCUCUAUUGCUACCGACAUUUCUUCAUUUGACAUGGGAAUUAGAUGGACUACAUUACGAUGGCUCACAUUUAGAAUGCCUGAAAUGUCAGCGUGUCAUCCUACUCGUACUUUGGUCCGACUUGUAAAAGGUUUACCAUGCCUCGAACGACUUGAAUGUUCUUCAAGUGUAAUGCUGACCAUUCGAUCAUUCUCGAUAAGCGAUCUCGAGAAAAUACAUGCUUAUGCGCCAAAACUAAAGCAUCUUGCUGUUACUCUAAGCCUUGACAUUCUUUCAACGAAAGCGCUUGAAAUACUCGAAAAUAUUGAAUCGUCUAAUCUCGAGAUCCUGGACAUCUCCAUCCUUAGUGGAGAUUUACGUUGGUUCGUUUACUUUGCAAGAAAGUAUUCCCAUCUACACACUCUCCGCCUCGUCACUUCGCAUUUUAGUUCGAUUCAAACCACAUUUUUAUCAGAAACCAUUACCAUGAUGACUAGCUUACCGACUGUUUUUCCUCUUCUACGUAACGUAUGCGUGAUAGGAAAUGAUGAAGCAGCUGAAGGAAUGCGAUGUAGUCUUUGGCGACUAUGCCGAAAUUUUAAAAUUCCAGUCAAGCGUUUGAUGAAUGUAAUUGGGAGCGACCAUGAUAACCCCCGACUUUCUGAAGAGACUCUCGAGGAGUGCCUUGCUGUAUGUGGGCCUACAAUAGAGAGACUUGUGAUCCCAAGUACUACACUCGCCAAUAAUCCCAGUCAUUUCCCUAUUAUAUUAAGUCAAUGCACUUCUCUAGUGGAUUUACGUCUGGUAGAUCUACACUCAAACCCGUGCUAUGGUUCAAUAUCCCUUCAUUCCUUGCUAGAUAACUGUCCUUUGUUAAAAAGAUUAGUAGUACAAGUUCCUCCUUUGAUGGAGUUUGAUAAAAACAGGAAUCAAAAUCAACAUGGACUACAGGAUUUGGUGAUCGCUUGCAUCAAAACUACCACAGAACUCCUACACCAUAUAUCUCUACGUUGUCGGAACUUAAGAUACCUCCAUCUCAAAGAUUUAAUACUUACUGGACCAUUGAUUAAUGGUUGCAUGGAAUGCGACAUGUCCCAAAUAAACCUUUCCGUUCUUAGAAUUAACGGAGCCAGUUUUUAUGAAGAUUGCGACAGACUGAAACAACGUAGAAUCAAUCUUUGCUAUAUCACAUGUCCUGAACCGAUAUGGUACCAUCGUUAUCUAGUGGUAAAGAAUGGCUAUUCAUCUGGUGCCAUCCGUAAUCUCGCGGACACUGAGGCUGAUCAAGUCCUCUCGUAUCACACAUCUCCAUACAGUCAUCCCGAUAAACUUCGAGAUAGGAAUUCAUCCCUUGACUUUGUAUCUCAAAGAGAUUGGCAUCAAGACAUUCCAAUAGGCUAUGUUAAGUUUCAUUUUGGGUCCGUAUCCAGGAUAAAUAUGACCAGUCCCAUGCAUGGUGACUCGCUUGAGGAUCCAGAAAUAAGUAUUGUUGGUACUAUGGAAGCAGACAUAUUCACCCGUAGUAUGUCUAUUUGUUAA